UGGCGUUUGUGUGUUGUCGCGUCGGUGUUUGUUGAUGUGAUUGAAAAACACGGUAUUCUAUUGCCAAUUUUCACGCGAAAUACCCGGAAAAAUCGAAGAAACGUCCGGGAAACCGAAUCGUUUGGCGCCCGUCCGGACGCGAGUCCCGCAAGUUUGUGAAUUUUUAGGUUAGUUUUCCGUUUUUGGGGGUUCUUCGGUGCGAAAUAUGGCCACUUUCUUCCGCUUUUGCGGGUUCUUUAGCGAAAUUCGAGCGUGAUUCGAGUUGGCUAUUAUGUAUCCGGCGCCUACUAGACAUCCUUCGUCGACGGGUCCGCCACCCCAAGGCGGUCAAAUAAAAUUCACCAUAGCGGACACGUUAGAAAGGAUAAAAGAGGAAUUUAAUUUUUUGCAGGCGCAAUAUCACACGUUAAAACUAGAAUGCGAGAAAUUAGCUAGCGAAAAGACUGAAAUGCAACGGCACUACGUCAUGUACUACGAAAUGUCAUAUGGCCUUAAUGUGGAAAUGCACAAACAGACUGAAAUAGCGAAGCGACUGAACGCCAUCAUAGCCCAAGUGCUGCCAUUUCUCGCCCAGGAGCACCAACAACAGGUCGCGACGGCCGUGGAAAGGGCCAAGCAAGUCACAAUGGCGGAGUUGAAUUCCAUCAUUGGGCAACAGCAACAACAAGGCCUUCAACAAUUGCUUCAGCAAAUCCACGCUCAGCAGCUGCCCCACGGCGCCCACGGGGGCCCCGCCGGCCUCCCGAUGGGCCCCCAUCCCGGUCUGCCCGGCAUGGGCCCGGCGGCCGGCCUGCUCGGCUUCGGCGCCGCCGGCCUCGCGCCCGGCGGGCCCCACCCCUCCGUCGGCGCCCCCGGGGGCCACCCCCUGCUCAAGCCGGCCGAUUUGCACGCCCGGGAUCCCCAGGACCUCAAGAGGCCCGCCAGCACCAACGCCGACGAAAGACUGAAUUCCGUAUCGCCCGGUGAUAAAGACAAAUACCGAUCGAGAUCGCCUCAAGAAGUGGAAUCUGUCAAACGAAGGAAAGAAGAAAAAUUAGGUCACGAAAGCGACGGCGAAAAGAGCGAUCAAGAUCUAGUAGUCGACGUAGCAAAUGAGGAAGCCUCGUCGCCUCACACAAACGGCGAACACGUAUCGCUGGGAAAUCCCGGAGAAAUCCGGGAAAACGGAAGCACAAACGGCGAUAAAAUCAAAAUCGAACGACCGCCCAGCAGGAGCGGCUCUUCAUCAUCGAGGAGCACGCCAUCUUUAAAAAGCAAAGACGAGAAACCCCUGACGCCGGGCUCGAAGGCGCGCUCGACGACGCCGAAUUCGGGCGCCGGUCCGGCGCCGGUCGCCGCCUCCAAGCCGGGCCCGUACCCGCCGUACCCGAUGGGCGGCGGCGGCGGCGGCGGCGCGCGCGCCGUCCCCGACGCCCACCUCAGCCCCUACAACAACGUCCAGCCGUCGCCGUACGGCCGCCCGCCCAUCCUCGGCUACGACGCCCAUCCGCACGCCCGGCCGCCGGGCAUCGCGACCAACGGCAUGACCGCCAUGGCCGGCGGCAAACCGGCGUAUUCGUUCCAUAUGAACGGCGAGGGUCAAUUGCAACCGGUGCCCUUUCCCGCCGACGCCCUUAUAGGGCCCGGUAUACCGAGGCACGCCAGACAGAUAAACACGUUGAGUCACGGCGAAGUCGUGUGCGCCGUCACCAUAUCGAAUCCCACCAAAUACGUGUACACGGGCGGUAAAGGGUGCGUCAAAGUGUGGGACAUCAGCCAGCCCGGAUCGAAAAGUCCCGUCUCGCAAUUGGAUUGUUUGCAACGGGACAACUACAUCCGCUCGGUGAAACUCCUGCCCGACGGCCGAACGUUGAUCGUAGGCGGCGAGGCGUCGAAUCUGUCGAUAUGGGACCUGGCCAGUCCGACGCCCCGCAUCAAGGCCGAGCUGACGUCGAGCGCGCCGGCCUGUUACGCUUUGGCCAUCAGCCCGGACUCCAAAGUGUGCUUCAGCUGUUGCUCGGACGGCAACAUCGCCGUGUGGGAUUUGCACAAUCAGACGUUGGUGAGGCAAUUCCAAGGUCACACCGACGGCGCUUCGUGCAUCGAUAUCUCUUCGGACGGGACCAAAUUGUGGACCGGCGGAUUGGAUAACACUGUGCGCAGCUGGGACUUGAGAGAGGGCAAGCAAUUGCAACAGCACGAUUUCAGUUCGCAGAUUUUCUCGUUGGGUUAUUGCCCGACGGGCGAAUGGCUGGCGGUGGGCAUGGAAAAUUCCCACGUGGAGGUUUUGCACGCGACCAAAACGGACAAAUAUCAAUUGCACUUGCACGAGAGCUGCGUGCUCAGUUUGCGAUUCGCCACCUGCGGUAAAUGGUUCGUCAGUACGGGAAAGGAUAAUUUGUUGAACGCCUGGCGGACGCCCUACGGCGCUAGUAUAUUCCAGUCCAAAGAAUCUUCGAGUGUGCUAAGUUGCGACAUCUCCUCCGACGAUAAGUACAUAGUGACCGGUUCGGGGGACAAGAAAGCCACCGUGUACGAAGUGAUUUACUAAAAUGGAUGGACUUGUUUGGUGGCUGGAUGGGCGUCCGGGCGAGAGGCCGAGAAACUGUGUUAGAAAUCCGGAGGAAUUGUGUGUGUGUGUGUGAAAUCCCGCGGUCGAUUUUGUACAUAUUAUAAACGAAUUGUAGAUGUUGAGGACAGGAAAAAACAGAUGACGUAAUUAUUAAUUCAGCUUCUGUGGAAAUUUCAAUGAUUUAUCGAGAACUUUUUUGUAUACAAUUUAAUUUUCCGGUUGGUUUAGAUCGCGGAGCGUUCGAGAGGAGGGUUCGUUUAUUUCGUACGGAAAUUUAUUGUGUGUGUAAAAAUUAGAUGUUGGAAACAAAAACGUAAAAAAUAUGGCACAAGUGAUUCAAACUUAAUUGAAAAAAAAAAUACUUAACGAUUUUUAGACCUAUUACAAUGAUUUCUCGAUGUUAUUACGAAUCAGAAGAUUGAUUAUGUAGCAUAUUUUUCGUAAUUAAAAUAAAAAAUUAUUACAAAGUUUUA